UCUGCGACUCCUCGAAGGAAGCCCUCUCUCUUCCUCUUCGUCCUCCGACGAACCGAUCAUUACUUUUGUUUCUCUGGCUUCCAGCAACGGCGGCCAAGACGACUACGACCUUCAUCAAAGCAGAACCAACGGCCUUCAUCAAACCUAGCUACGACCUAAACGAUGAGAGAUCUCGGCAUUCCAAGCACGACGGCGGCAGUUGUCGAAUUGAAGCAUUUCGAUGUCCCUCUGUCGUUGCCGGCGACCAAUUCUCCGGUCAAUUGCAUCCGCCUCCAACAGGAUCUGCGUUACACCAUCGACCGGAGCUCUCUCUCAUGCUCGUCUCAAUCAAACUGAAUUGAGUUCGAUUAUCGGCGAGAGGAGGAAGAAGAAGAUGUUUAGGAUACACAGGAAUAGGCCGAUGAGGUUAGGAGAGGUUAAACUGUAUCAGAAGAAGCUACAACGUUUCAUAGAUUUGAGCAAAGGUGCUGAGAGAAUGGGACAAGCUGUUUGUGUCCAUUAUGUAUGUGGAAAUUGGGAAGACGAUUGCUAAGUCGAGCAAAGCAGCGGUGCGAAAUGGGAGUUGUCAAUGGAGUGAGGCACUUUCAGAGUCUAUAUGAGAUGGAAAAUUGUUUCUUAAGCUGGUGGUUGCCAUGGUAUUGUUAUUGUUAUUGUUAGGUUUUUCAUUUUGAUUGAUUUCGAGUCAGUAACUCUCUAUAACUAUUAUAGUGGCUUUUCAAUACAGUGAUGGUAACUUUUUAUGCUUAUGUUAGUAUUUUUUCAAGUUGAUGUCAGAAACUAUGUUUUCAUUUUGAUUGAUUUCAAGUCAGUAGCUUUUUAUAACUAUUAUAGUGGUUAUUCAAC